ACAAAAUACGCCUCAUCCCCCCUCAUCGGAUAAGUCACAGUGGACUGAAUUGGUGAGAUUAACCCAAAUAGUCGCCGCUUGAUUCGUCGUGUCAGUUUGUCGUCGGUAAUAUGCGUUAAGGCGCAGAUCAGACGCCGCCAUGGACUUCUACAUCAACCUGAAGGUGAAUUUCAGGGGAAAUUCUAAGAAUUUCCUGCUGUCGGGAUCCGAGACCAAGAGCUGGGAGUCGAUGGAGGCCAUGAUGAAGCGUUCAUUUGGUUUGUGUAGCCUUCAGCUGACGUACUAUGAUGAAGAAAACGAAGAGGAGAUGAUCAACAGCCAAGCGGAUUAUGAGGAGGCACUAAAGAGUGCAGUGCGGCAGGGGAACAGACUGCAGAUGAAUGUGUAUGAGAUUCGGGGCCAGCCAACGAGGGUCCCUACCACCAAGGCUAAUGGAGCAGAGCCCAGGAGGGGCUUCAGACCCCCACAGCACUGUCCCGCUCUGGCACAAGUGGUCAGCCGUAAGGUCCAGGCCGCCGUUCCAGAACAGGGCAUGGUGAUCAUGAAAGAAGUGAAGGGGACCAAAGAGGAGGAUAAGACUCCUCCAGCCUGGUUCACCUCCUACAUGGAGAAGUUCAAAGACCAGGUGGUUCGUGAGGCAGUGGAGAAAAUCUGCAGAGAAUUCUCUGGACAGUGCUGUAUCCACAAGCCCCUGGGAGGAGGGGCAGGAAGCGCAGGAGGAGGAGGAAGAGGGGAGGCAGUGGGAGGAGCCGAGGCCCAGCUGGUCCCUGAGGUGUCCUCAUCCACCCUGCCUGGAGCUCCGUCUUCAUCCACGCCUCCCUGCUCCUCCUGUAGGGGGCAGACCACUGGAGGAGGAUACCAGUGCAGUGUCUGUACGUCCUGUACUCUGUGCGAACCCUGCAGUUUCUCUCAUGAUCCCAGUCAUAACCUGGUCAGAGCCCGGACUCCUCUGUCCAUCCCAGAACAUGGAUCUCCAGCCCCAGACCACAGCCGGUUCUAUAGGCGAGGUGACCGCAGUUUCCGGAAGGCAGAGAAGCAGAGGCUGAAAGCAGAGAAACGCCUGCUGAAAGCUGAGGUCAAAGAAAUCAGAAAGCAGCUAAGGAUGGAGAGGCGGGGCUUACAGUGGAGCUCCUCUCACCAGGAUGGAAGCUCCUCCCCUGUCCUUCUACAGCCUCGAGCCACUCAGCACAACAGCCCUGAGCGUCCAAAGCGCCCCUGUCCCCUAGUGGUUCCUGCCAUGACCGCUGCAUUUCUGGACGAGAACCUCCCAGAUGGAACCCGCCUUCGACCUGGGACUAAGUUUAUCAAAUACUGGAAGAUGAGGAACACUGGAACCAUCAGCUGGAGUCCUGAUACUAAGCUGAAAUUCAUGUGGGGGAACUUGGCCGUGGGAUCUGGUGACCGUUGGAGGGAGGUGUCCGUUCCCUUCCUCCAGCCAGGACAGGUUGGCAUAGUGAGUGUAGCUCUAUGUGCUCCCACUGUGGAGGGCUCCUACACAUCACACUGGCGCCUGGCCCACGCCGGCGAGCAGUUUGGUCCCAGGGUGUGGUGUAGCAUUGUGGUGGACCCUCUUGCUCCGGCACCCAUGAUGGCCGAUGGGAUACUGGUGUCACCCUGCAUCACACCACAGGGUAAGAACCCAGUGACAAAGGAUGGAAAAGCAAGUGCAGCUUCAAGGGAGCAACCUUUAAUGUCAGUGGACCAAGAAGAGUACUACAUCCCCUCUGUGGACCUGCUGACUGCACAGGAUCUUCUGUCUUUUGAGCUCUUGGACAUCAACAUCGUUCAAGAGUUGGAGAGUGUCCCCAAUAACACCCCAGCUGACAUGACUCCAUGCAUGUCCCCCCUGCCUCAAGACUGCCACCUGCAGGACAAGGGGAGUCCCUCUCUGGGGUUGAUCCGGGAAGAGACAGAAGUUAUCAACAGCAUCAUGGAUGUCCCCCAUGGGGCAGGGUCAGCAGGUGAAGGCGGUGGAGUACCAGCUCAGGAGGAAGGAGAGAAUGACAUCAGUGGAACACAGUUUGUCUGUGAGACUGUGAUUCGCUCCAUGACGCUGGAGGAGGCCCCUGACCAUGCCCCUGUGAAAGGAUCCCACCCUGGCACAGGAAAAGUUGUGCGUCCAGCAGCUCAAAGUGGCUCCUCUUCAUCUUCCUCUUUCUCUGGUGCAAAGAGUAAAAAAGUAGAGGAAUGUCCAGAGAGCAGCCCUGCUGGCUCUAUAAAGCCCCUCAAACCACUGGCAACGCUGAAGGCCUCUCUCCCACCUCCAAUUAAAGCAUCGCUGCCGGCCUCUCUGUCUGUGGCCCUGACCCCAGGGCCCGGGCCCUGCUCUGUGCCCACACCUCUACAUGCUCCUCCCAGGACCUCCACAACUACAGAGGAAGAUGAGUGUUCCCACAUGGAGAGUAUCCGCAUGGAGUCUAGAGACAAGGAGGCAGAGGAGGACAAGGACAAAGGAGAGGAAAAGAGGGAAGGGAUGAGGAGUCGCUCCUCCUCCACCUCCUCUGAGGACUACAUCAUCAUCCUGCCUGACUGCUUUGACACCAGUCGGCCUCUGGGGGAGUCCAUGUACAGCUCUGCUCUGUCCCAGCCUGGUGACAUUCCUGCUAAGACCCCCCCAGACCCAGAAACCCCAUCAUCCGACCACCCGGGGAGUUCAACAGCUGAAAAGGGGGAGCAAGCCGAGGGGGCAGAAACCACAGCAGCUCUGGGGACAGGGGUGUCGGGCACCAGCAGCGCCAAUGACAUGCUCUGUACAUCUCAGACUUUGGAUGACGAACCACUGACACCUGAAGUAGUGGCUCCGCCCACAGCCAUCGUCACAGUGAGUCCAGAGCGGGGUACAGACGUAGAUGUGAAAGCUGACACAUCAGAAGACUCUGAACUGUACCAAACAGAGGAAGCCUCUGUUUGUGAACAAACUCAGACAGAUGAAACUGAGGCACAUGAAGGCACAGAGGAGGACAAUCCAGAUGAUCCCAGACAUCCAGGCAUCACCAGUGGUCUGGUCAAAGGAGCUCUGUCAGUAGCUGCUUCAGCUUACAAGGCCCUUUUUACUGGACAAGGCCCUACACAGCCCCCAGUGGAUGCCUCCACCCAGGACACCAUGAUGGCUGUGCUGGUGGAGAUGGGCUUCGGGGAUCAGUCCCUUAACCAACGGUUGCUGAAGAAACACAAUUACAACCUGUUGGACGUUGUCAAUGAGUUGGUUCAGAUAACCAACAAUGACUGGUACUCCACGCGCUACUGACCCAGGACGUCACAAACUCUGGAACUAUGGAAGAAGAACAGAGAAGGAAAGACAGGAAGAGAGUAAUUAUUUUUGUUGUAUUCAUCUGUGGUUUUACUUUCCUCCUUCUGGACAUCCUUGCUGGGAUUGGAUGGAGAUCACUUUUUUCAAUGAUCCUAUAGGGACAUGUUGCAGGAGACUCUCUGGGAAACUGUACUAGACUAUCAAACAGUCACAGUAGUAUUUAUUUGGGUUUAGGCCUUGGUAGUGUCUAUUGUUUUGCAUGGGAAUUUAAGAAAGAUGAAGAAUAAGGGUGUAUUCACACCUACUUCAUUUGGUCCAUUUAAAACGGACCAGAGUUUGUUUCCCCGGAAAGUCCAAACUUUUUUUAGGUGUGAAUACAAACAUGCAAACUCUGAUUCAAAUCAAACAAAUGGACUGCUUCAAAAUGGGCUCUGGGCCGGUUCACUUCUUAUGUGAAUAUAACUGGCCUCGAGCCGAAACAAACCAAGGAACCAUGCGCCUUUUUCUGCUUGACAAGCCACCGUAGAUGCUGGAAGUAGCCAAGCCACAUGGGUAGUCAGAGCUAAUAGCAGCAGCAAUGAGCCAUGGACAGACGUGGAGCAAUGAGGAGAUUGAAUGUCUCAUUGACAUUUGGUCAGAUGCCCAUAUUACGAAAGUGGCUCCAAAUGAGCUGUUCUUGUCAGUUAACAUUAUUUUCGUAAAUUUGUGUCUGUAAAAAUAUAAUACAUAUUCUGAUAACGAUAACUGCACAUAGGACUUCCACGUUUGUUUUCAUCAACACCGGCCGUCUCUGAUUCAACCCACCCCGACUUUUUUGUCCAAUGCCAGCACAGUUCAUCACAUGCUUGCUUCUGUUUACAAAUUUUGGUCCACUAGCAAAAAGUGCAAUGAGAAUGCAAUCCAACCCAAACGAAAAAAAUAAAGUCUGCAUUCGGUCUGAAUCAAACAAGCGCACCAAAGGACUUUCCAGAUGUGAAUACACCCUAAGGUACACUCUUUAAUAGUGUUUUCAAACCUGGGUAGUUUUCCUCAUGGUUCAAAUUAUUGUGAAUGCAAGUGCUGUUUUCAGUAUAGAAGAGCAGAAUGUUUGAAGGUCCCCUGACCCCCAUACCAACUCAUUUGGUUUAGUACCAAAUGAGUUUGCAGAGCUUGUGGAUGGGGAGGGGGCUGUCCUCACAUUGAUCCAAAUAUAGGUUGACCAAACUCUUUUCGCACAGACAUGUUCUCUUUUCUGGAGCAUCCGGGGGUGGGGGGUGAAAAUGUCUGGUUUUCAUUUUUUUCACAGGACCAUUAUUUGAAUUACUUAUCAUUCUUUAGAAUUAAGUCAUCUUUGAGUAAACUUAAAGUAUAAUUUAAGUUUCCCCAGGUGGAGUGUCCUCAAAAACAUCGUCACCCUAUCCAACGACAAGGUUUAAAGGCUCGUGUUACCAGGAGAGUUUUACACCAAAGCUGAGUGCAAAAAAAGCCAGUUAGAGAAUAAAUCAAGGGAUAAGAAAAGUAUCUUGUUUAGGAAAACAAAUCCAAAUGAAAAACAAAGUUGAUCGACUCAUUGAUUGAUUGCCUUAAGCUCCUGUCAUUCCUAUGAUUCUUUGUUUGGAUCAAACUGUGGUUCACCUUCCUCCUUGAUGUGAUUGGCUUCGUUAGUUGUAAACACCGUAAUCACACACACUGAUGUGUCCACAACUAGCACAUUGACUCCUCUUUGCUUUGGGAAAGUGAGCUGACCUCACACUGUAUACUGAAAUAAGCAAAAAUCUCAAACAUAGAACCUUCUUCUGGAGUUACUAUCGUGCUGUAACCACCAACACUUCUGACCAAUAAGCAGACUGAACAUUCUUACAUAGUUUGCAGUGUUUGACAGUGCACUUAACAGUGUAAAAACAAACUAGACCAAGGGGAAAACUAUCAAA